ACCACGAACAUCGCAGAGCCGCCUCCACGCUUCGAGCAUGCUCCAUGGCCCGUACGAAUCCAGCGAUUUCUCAUCCUCGCCCACGCAAGCUGCUGCUGCCUCGAGUCGUCACCAUGUCUAUAAAAGCGAGCUCUAUGCUCCCCAGAUCGAGCAUCAUCAGAUUCUCAGAUCAACACUUCAGAUCUACAACAUCUCGCGCCUCUCUUGAGCCUCUUUGAGUUCACCCCGGAAACGAUUUCGUCGAUCAUCUUCAUCGCAACUUCCCCUAAGAAAUCUCCAUCAAUGGCUUUCUUCCUCACCCCACAGUUCGCACCCGCGUACACGGCGCCGCAAUGCAACCCAUGGGCCUGCGCUCCCCGACCACAACAGUCCUAUCGCCGAGUCGUGCGCCCCUCCUUCCCUUCGUUCGCACCAUUCCUCAGCGAGGUCGACGAGAUUAUUACCGCACUCGAUCAAGAGGCUCGACGCGAAGCAGCCCGUCGCGAAGCACACCGCCAGCGCCAGCAGCGCAAGCGCAUCGUACGCGCGCACUUCAACGUGCAUGAGCACCAGGGAGGAUACCAAGUCGACGCCGAGAUUCCCGGGUUCGAGCAGGAGCACAUCGAAAUCGAAGUGACGGACGACAACACCCUGAGGCUUUCGGGCAAUACCGAGAGGAAGGCCGAGCCCCAGCCACAGUCACAGUCCACCGAGACUGCGACCGAGACACUCGCGAUCGAGACUGAGCCUCACAAUGAGGUUAUGGAUGGCGUAACCCUCAACGAACCUGAGCAAGCCACUGCAUCUGGUGCCGCUACUCCCACCCAUUCCGACACCGAGUCGCAUAAGUCCUACCAAGCUACCGUGGAAGACGAUUUCGAAGAUCUUGGCGCGGAAACUUCAUCUACUAUCUCUGCCCACACCGACUCCGAAGCACCCAAGGAGUCCAAGGGCAAGGAGAAGGCUGUCGAGGAACCCGCAACCGCCAACACCGAGACCGCUGUCCAGCAGCAGCCUCAGCCCGAAGAACCAGCAGAAAAACAACAGCGAGAAGAAUGGCAGUUUCACGGCUCCUUCGAGCGAACCUUCCGCUUCCCGGAGAGGAUUGAUGCUGCCAAUGUGACAGCCAGCCUUAGGAACGGGCUUCUCAGCAUCAACGUUCCCAAGGCGAAGGCUCCUGAGGUCAGGAGAAUAUUGAUCCAGUAGUUGAACGAGUAUCCGUUGAUGAAGAUGGAGGAUGGAAUGCUUGCAGCAGUAAUGGUCAGAUCGAAUGGAUGAACUUGUACGAUACUUAGAUAUCGGUGAUGAAUCAUGACUUUAAAUACAAUCUCAAACCCUGCCUCCGAGUCUACGUGAUGUUUCUUUCCCUCGUGUGAGCUUUUAAUUUCAAACAUGUUGGCAGCCUAAACUCAUACGACGUGACUAGUAAGUCCUUCUACUUUACCUACCAUACGUACACUUCGGAAGGGAGCAUUGGUGCGUAUUCAUUGUUUGUGGCAUCGCCAGACAAAGUUGGAAGUUCCGGUAUGCUGGAGAUACAUCAAAUGAUGUGUUGUGACGGUGGUCAUGCCGUGGAGGCUAAAGUAGCGUAAUAAGCGUUGUUCGAACAAUCACACGCACUAACUUAGUCCGGGUCUUGAGAAUACUGUA